CACCUGCGCGGGCACUGGGCCACUCGGCUGUGGCAAGAAGCGAUGAUGAGGCGGCGCCGCUAUUUGCUGGAGCGGGCAGAGCAGGCGGCCGACGGGGGCUGCGGGGUGAGCAGUGAGCAGCCCCGCUCCCGGGACUGGCUUUACGAGUCCUACUACUGCAUGAGCCAACAGCACCCGCUCCUCGUCUUCCUGCUGCUCAUAGUGAUGGGCGCCUGCCUGGCGCUGCUCGCCGUCUUCUUCGCUUCGGGGCUGGAAAUUGAUGAUCAUGUGGCAUUUUUAAUAACAGUUCCAACAGCCCUAGCCAUCUUCUUUGCCAUAUUUAUCCUUGUCUGCAUAGAAUCUGUGUUUAAGAAGCUGCUUCGUAUUUUCUCUUUGGUGGUGUGGGUGUGUCUUGUUGCCAUGGGAUAUCUCUUCAUGUGUUUUGGAGGUAUCAUAUGUCCCUGGGACCAGGUAUCAUUUUUCUUGUUCAUUAUAUUUGUGGUAUAUACCAUGCUGCCCUUCAACAUGAGAGAUGCUAUAAUUGCCAGCGUCUUGACCUCUUCAUCUCACACCAUUGUGCUGAGCAUCUGUCUAUCAACUACAACCAUCAUAAAGGAACACUUGGUUUGGCAGAUAUUGGCAAACGCUAUCAUUUUUAUCUGUGGAAACCUGGCAGGAGCAUACCACAAGCACCUCAUGGAACUUGCUCUGCAGCAGACAUAUCAGGACACCUGCAACUGCAUCAAGUCCCGCAUCAAGCUGGAAUUUGAGAAGCGGCAGCAGGAACGUCUUCUACUUUCUUUACUGCCUGCUCACAUUGCCAGGGAAAUGAAAGCUGAGAUUAUUCAGAGGUUACAAGGCCCCAGAGCAGGCCAGCUGGAAAAUACGAACAACUUUCACAAUUUAUAUGUCAAGAGGCACACCAAUGUGAGUAUUUUGUAUGCUGAUAUUGUAGGAUUCACUCGACUGGCUAGUGACUGCUCACCUGGAGAACUGGUGCACAUGCUUAACGAGCUCUUUGGCAAGUUUGAUCAAAUUGCAAAGGAAAAUGAAUGUAUGAGAAUUAAAAUCUUAGGUGAUUGCUACUACUGUGUGUCUGGACUACCUAUAUCUCUUCAAAAUCAUGCCAAGAACUGUGUGAAAAUGGGAUUGGACAUGUGUGAAGCCAUAAAGAAGGUCAGAGAUGCAACUGGAGUUGAUAUCAAUAUGCGUGUAGGAGUGCAUUCUGGAAAUGUCCUUUGUGGUGUUAUUGGGCUACAGAAGUGGCAGUAUGAUGUAUGGUCACAUGAUGUUACAUUGGCAAACCAUAUGGAAGCUGGAGGAGUCCCCGGCCGUGUUCACAUUACUUCAGUCACCUUGGCACAUUUGAAUGGAGCAUACAAAGUGGAAGAAGGGGAUGGAGAUGUAAGGGACCCGUAUCUGAAGGAGCAUAAUGUUAAAACCUACUUUGUAAUCAAUCCCAAGGGAGAAAGGCGAAGUCCUCAGCACCACUUCAGACCCCGGCAUACCUUAGAUGGAGCUAAAAUGAGAGCCUCUGUCCGCAUGACCCGGUACCUGGAAUCUUGGGGUGCAGCCAAGCCAUUUGCGCACUUACACCACAGGGACAGCAUGACCACUGAAAAUGGCAAGAUUAGUACCACAGAUGUACCAAUGGGUCAGUAUCAUUUCCACCGCUGCAGAGAAAGAACAAAAUCACAGAAGAAAAGAUUUGAAGAGGAAUUGAAUGAGAGGAUGAUUCAAGCCAUUGAUGGAAUCAAUGCUCAAAAGCAAUGGCUUAAAUCUGAAGACAUUCAAAGAAUAUCACUACUUUUCUAUAACAAAACUCUGGAAAAAGAAUACAGAACAACUACACUGCCAGCAUUCAAGUAUUAUGUGACAUGUGCUUGUCUCAUAUUCUUCUGCAUUUUUAUCGUGCAGAUUCUUGUAUUACCAAAAACAUCUAUCCUUGGAAUUUCCUUUGGGGUGGCAUUUCUCUUGCUUUCCUUCAUUCUUUUUAUCUGUUUUGCUGGACAGCUUUUGCAAUGUAGCAAGAAAGCCUCAGCUUCACUGUUGUGGAUUUUGAAAUCAUCUGGAAUAAUUGCAAACCGUCCCUGGCCACGAAUCACUCUCACGUUGACAACUACUACUAUAACAUUAACGAUGGCCAUAUUCAAUAUGUUUUUCCUGGAUGAUCCUGUGAUAAUUUUCAUCCCGGUUCUUAAUUCAUCAAAUGCAAGUUUUCCUGAAUCAAGUGCUCAAACACUGUGGUAUAUACAAAACAACUAUUUUUACCUACCAUACUUCAUUUAUAGCUGCAUUCUGGGGCUGAUAUCCUGUUCUGUUUUCCUGCGGAUAAAUUAUGAGUUGAAAAUGAUGAUAAUGCUGAUUGCAUUGGUGGGCUACAACGUCAUCCUCCUGCACACUCAUGGCUCCACACUGGAUGAUUACAGCAAAUUCCUAUAUGCAAGGGCAGCUAUGAAAAGGCCAGGAAUAUUGAAAGACCUGAAGACAAUGGGUUCUGUGUCUCUCUUUAUAUUCUUCGUGACAUUACUAGUUCUCAGUAGACAGAAUGAAUAUUACUGUAGGUUAGACUUCCUGUGGAAGAACAAGUUCAAAAAAGAGCGUGAGGAGAUUGAGACCAUGGAGAACCUGAAUCGGGUGCUGCUGGAGAACGUGCUUCCUGCACACGUGGCUGAACACUUCUUGGCAAGGAACCUGAAGAACGAGGAUCUAUAUCACCAGUCAUAUGACUGUGUCUGUGUCAUGUUUGCCUCUAUUCCGGAUUUCAAAGAAUUUUACACAGAAUCUGAUGUAAAUAAAGAAGGCUUGGAAUGUCUCAGACUGCUAAAUGAGAUCAUUGCUGACUUUGAUGAUUUGUUGUCUAAACCAAAAUUUAGUGGAGUUGAAAAGAUCAAGACCAUUGGAAGCACUUACAUGGCAGCUACAGGACUGAGUGCUACGCCCAGCCAAGAACACAGUCAGGAACCUGAACGACAGUAUAUGCACAUAGGAACUAUGGUUGAGUUUGCAUUUGCCCUAGUGGCAAAACUGGAUGUAAUAAACAAGCACUCAUUCAAUGACUUCAAGUUACGAAUAGGCAUCAACCAUGGACCUGUAAUAGCUGGAGUAAUUGGAGCUCAGAAACCACAGUAUGACAUCUGGGGCAACACAGUGAAUGUGGCUAGCAGGAUGGACAGCACUGGUGUCUUAGAUAAAAUACAGGUUACAGAGGAGACGAACAACGUCUUACAAACGCUGGGGUAUAUGUGCACCUGCAGAGGAAUAAUAAAUGUAAAAGGAAAAGGAGAACUGAAAACAUAUUUUGUACAUACUGAAAUGACAAGGUCCCUUUCACAAGGGAAUGUGGCAUCCUGAAGAAUAUUUUUAGGUGUGAACAAUACCGUAUUUUCAGGAAAGUAUCACACACUUCUUAAUUCCAUUUUGGCCCUUAACUUCAAUGUGCGUGUUAUUUUCCGGUAUUAUGGAACUGUUAUUUUAGCAUGGCUGCAGAAUGGUCCGGUGACCAGCGGUACGCACCUCGCUAUUCUCAUGUGCCAGGGCAGUUGUGUUGUGUGCUAUAGGACUGGAAGACUGUACUGCAACUUGCACUGUUACUUCAAGACAAGAAAGAAGAAACAAAGAUUGCUAAAGAGGCUAAAAUGCAGAGGCUGAUACCAAAGGGACUAAGAUGAUGUUAGUGAUAAACAAAAACAAUCUUAAGGCAAUAAAGCUAGGGGUGCAUAAUAUUUUCUGGUGCAUGAUGUUUCCUGGAAGAUACGGUAGCUCCCCAAUAGCAUCCAUUAGUCUGACAUUAAAAUAUACAGUAUUUGUAAAUAAGUUGAUUCUGUCCCUCCAUAUACAAUUUGGAUAUGUUCACCAGUUGUGUCUCAUAGCCAGUGACAUGUUGGGGGCACCUGGUUGGCAUUCUUUCCUGGAGACAGUCCUAACAACAAAGGAGCAGUUUUGUACAAACAUGUCAGCUGUUUUAAUGCCAUUGUCUUUUGUAAGGUUAAUUCAUUAAAAGUU